AUCAUUACUUACCAGAAUCUCCAAACAGACAGCAUGUCUCAUACACAGCAAGCUGUCCAAUCUAAUCGUCAAAGCAGGAAACUAAAAGUGAAUUGGACAUGAACGCCCAACUGGCAAUAGUCUUCAACAAGUACAUACUCGUGGAUCGUGGAUUGACUCUAAUGGGGAUAAUUUGCACAUGGAAAGCCAAGUUGUUUCUCUUAUACUUUCUCUUAUAUUGCACUUUUGGAGGAGCCCAAGACUAAAGAAUUUCAUUGCCUGCUCUGUAAUUGUUGUGCAUACGACAAUAAAACCUUGAAUCUUGAAUCUCUUGGAGUUGUGCAGGGGGGUGCAGGGAUCUGCACCUUUCAGCUGAGGGAUUACAAAUUGUAGUAGACUGAGGGACAGGGAGACGGAGAGACAUCGAGAGACACAGAAAGAGAGUGACACAGGCAGAGAGAGAGAGAGACAUGGACAGGACUGGGAGCCCUGCGGGGACGUCGUCUGGCUUCUCCCUGGAGUGGGACCCCCGGACAAGUGAGGAGAGGGCGCUGGACAAUGAGAAAGCCAGGAGGAGCCAAGGUGUGAACGGGACCCCGGCACCCAUGGACACCAACUACCGUGAGGAGAUAGAGCUGCCGAAUCCCAAGAUCAGGAUCAACACCGAAAACGUCAGAGACCUCCUGGGGGUCGAGGACCGAGGCCUGAAGAAGUUCAGCACGGAGCAGCUGUUUGAGGCGGCUGCCAGCGGGGACAUCAUGAUGCUGGAGGGCCUGCAUGAGUACCUCCACUACAGCGAGAGGAAACUCAGCGACUCUUUAUACGCGUCCAACGGAAAGAACGUGCUGAUGAAGGCGCUGUUGAACCUGCACGACGGGAAGAACAAGGUGGUGGAGUAUCUCCUGGAGAUCUCAUCCCGGAUGGGAGACGUGGAGGUCUUCGUGAACGCGGCCUACAAAGAUGUCUACUACGAAGGCCAUACUUCUCUGCAUAUCGCCAUUGAGAGGAGGAGCAUAGAAUACGUCAAGCUGCUGGUCAGUAAAGGUGCAGACGUUCACGCCAGGGCCUUCGGCAAAUUCUUCCAGCAGCAAAAGGGCCCAAGCUUCUACUUUGGGGAGCUGCCUCUGUCCCUGGCCGCGUGCACCAACCAGCCGGCGGUGGUGGACUACCUGAUGGAGAACGAGCACCACCCGGCGGACGUGCGGCAGCAGGACCCCCGGGGGAACACGGUGCUGCACGCCCUGGUGCUGGUGGCCGACAACAGCCCGGAGAACGGCCGCUUCGUCACGGCCAUGUACGACCACAUCCUCACCGCCACCGCGCACCUCCACCCCAAGUGGAGGCUGGAGGUGGUGAAGAACCAGCAGGGCCUGACGCCCAUCCAGCUGGCCGCCAAGACGGGCAAGAUCGACCUUUUCAGGCACAUUCUGCAUCGGGAGUUUCAGAGCGGUCCCACCAAACAUCUGUCCCGCAAGUUCACCGAGUGGGUGUACGGGCCGGUCAGCUCCUCGCUCUACGACCUGGCCUACCUGGACUCCUGCCAGGAAGAGUCGGUGCUGGAGACCCUGGUCUACGGCAGUGACAUUCCAAACCGCCACGAGAUGCUGACCAUCGAGCCGCUGAGCCAGCUUCUGGACGAGAAGUGGGACCGGUUCGCUCGCUACAUCUUCGCCUUCUACUUCCUGUCCUACCUGGUCUACCUCUUCAUCUUCACCCUCCUCGCCUACAACAAGAAGGGGGGAGAGCCCCCAUAUCGCAUCAAGAACACCAGAGAAGACUACCUGUUCUUGUCAGGCCAGGUGAUUACGGGACUGUCAUCUCUCUACUUCCUCAUCAGAGGGAUCUUCGAUAUGUGGAGGAAGAGGCCCAGGCUUCACACGUUGCUGAUCGAUGGAUACUUUGAGCUUCUGUUUCUCCUGCAGGCCGUGUGCUUCCUGCUCUCGGCUUGGCUGUACCUGUCGAGCCGGCAGGAGUACCUGGGCUUCAUGGUGGGCUGCCUGGCCAUGAGCUGGGUCAACCUGCUCUACUACUUCAGGGGGAACAAACACCUGGGCAUCUACAGCGUCAUGAUUCAGAAGAUGAUCCUGGGAGACAUCAUGCGCUUCCUCUUCGUCUACCUCGUCUUCCUCGUGGGGUUCUCAUCAGCGGUGGUGACUCUGCUCAUCGAGCCACCCGUCUCCAACGGCACGGCGGCCCGCACCCUCUACACGACCACCGGGACGGAGGGCUGCCAGAAGCCCACCUACCGCAACUUCAGCUACACCACGCUGGAGCUCUUCAAGUUCACCAUCGGCAUGGGCGACCUGGAGUUCACCGAGCACUACAAGUACAAGGAGGUGUUCUACGUGCUGCUCAUCUCCUACAUCAUCCUCACCUACAUCCUGCUGCUCAACAUGCUCAUCGCCCUGAUGAGCAGCACCGUGGACAAGAUCACCAAGGAGAGCACCAGCAUCUGGCAGCUGCAGAGGGCCAUCACCAUCCUGGACCUGGAGAGGAGCCUGCCCGGCUGCCUGAGGAAGAGGCUGCGGUCGGGGGAGAAGAAGGACCUGGGCUUAGGAGAUGACUGCCGCCACUGCUUCAGAGUGGAGGAAGUCAACUGGAACAAAUGGAAAAGCGACUUGGGCAUAAUCAAUGAGGAUCCGGGGAGCGGAAACAGCCCUCACCACUCCGCCUCUAACCCCCCUUCGGAAAGAGGGAGUCGCUGGCGGUCUGUUUUUAGAGAAACGCGGGGACUGCGUAACACGCAACCUAGGCCACCGUAUUCUACCGAGAUGAGACCGCUGGCCAACACCAGUCCAGUCUGAAAACCCCUCCCAGGGCAAGAUGUCACCCCACCGGCCCCCUCCAACCUGCAUAUCCCGAUAUCCAGAAUCCAGAGUCUGUCUCACCAUCCUGAUCUUUUUUUUGUUGUUUUUGUGCUUUUACCUGGUUGAUUUUAAAAUUGUGCAUGUGUGUAUAGAGCGCACAGAGACAGCAGGUCAAUACAAAAGAAAAAAACAUCACUGCCAAAACUGAUCCAUGACUAGCUGUUUGACCGCCAAGUCAGAUGCAACCAUAACAGGAUCCGGUUAUCAUCCUUCAUAACCAACCGAGAGCUGUUAUGACUGGCUGGCCUGCCCGUAUCCCUUUGAAUGCUUUGUAGAGCAAUAACAUCCACGCCCCCCCCCCCCUUUCCCACGUAAACCCCAUUUAUAAAGAUCUCUCAGACAGACAGCUUCUACUCCAGCCAAAGAGCCCUGCGGAUUUCUCAGCAUGUCUGCGUCUACUCUACAGUACUUCCUGUUUCCAUUUGACAGCGUCAGGCGGCUGGAUUAAUGGCGUGAAAGAACACCAAAAAAAGAGUGAUGACGUCAUCACCCUCCGUGCGAAGUGCCAACCACUGUAAAUCUGGCCACACACACACACACUAAACAAUCUGAGGAUUAAUAAAUUAUUCCAAUACUCUUAUUACACCUACAGUGGAGAUAAUGUAAGUACGUUGAUAUUUCACCUGGAGGUUCGAGUUUGCCGCAGUGUUGAAUUGGAAGAGGCGUGACGACGUUGAACCAUAAAUUAGAACUUUAUUUUAUUAUUACAAUAUUACAAAAAGACUAGCACAACUCGCACACCCUUGCUUCUCGCCGGCCCUACAGCAUGACUCCGGGAAGGCUGCCGGACCUCCUUCCAAUUCACAGCAAUAGUACAAGAAACCAAGAGGAAAAUAAGAUUUAAAUAACAAGCGAAUCAAGUAUUAUAAAUAGUCACAAUUUCAAACUCAAGCUUUGAAAGUCGGGUGAAGAAAAAAAAAAAGAAAAAAAAAGGGAG